AUGCCCAUUUCACAGAGCCGGAAGCUGAGGCCCAAAGAAGGUCCCAGCCUCUCUGCUUACCUGCCCUCGAGCCUCCCAUUUAAGCUACUUCCAUUCCAACCUGGGAGGCCCUGGAGAUGCCCAAAGGCCUCCCAUCUGCCAUUCCCAGUGGGACCUAGUUCACUCGGAGCAGGAGGAGGAGGAAGGGUGGGGUGGCCAUGGCGGCCGCGGCGGGCCCUGGCCCUGAGGGCGGUCAAGGCCUCCCUGGUCCUCUUGGCGCUGCUGGCUAACGCGUGCCACCCCAUCGAGCGCCCGCAGCCGGUGGGCAAUGGCUCCCUGGGCGCCAUCGUGCUCAUUCGGCGCUACGAUUGCACAUUUGACCUGAAGGUGCUGCACGCCCAGCAGGCCGGCUUCAAGGCCGCCAUUGUGCACAACGUCUUCUCGGACGACCUGGUGCGCAUGGCCCACGUCUACGAGGACCUGCGGCACCAGAUCUCCAUCCCCGCGGUGUUCGUGAGCGAGGCCGCCUCGCAGGACUUGCGGGUCAUCAUGUGCUGCGACAAGUCCGCCCAGGUCCUCUUGUUGCCCAACUACCCACCGUGCCCGGACCUGGACUGCCACCCCGUGCUGGCCAUCUCCUGGGUCCUGGGCCGCACCCUGGCCCUGCUCAUGUCCACCUUUUUCAUCCUCCGACACCUGUGGAACUGGCUGUGGUCCAGGUGGGCCUACGGGCCCGCCGCGGUCAAGAAGCCGGCCUGCCGGAGGGCCCAGGUCCGGACCUUCACGCGGCUCAAUGACGUGUGCGCCAUCUGCCUGGAUGAGUACCAGGAGGGCGAGCAGCUCAAGAUCCUGCCCUGCUCCCACACCUACCACUGCAAGUGCAUCGACCCCUGGUUCUCCCAGGCUGCCCAGCGCUCCUGCCCCGUGUGCAAGCAGUCGGUGGCCAGCACCACGGAGGACAGCUCCGACUCCACCAUCGACAGCUUCUGCGACGAGGACCCCGCCCUGCUGGGCCACCAUGCCCCCAUCUGGGCCAUCCAGGCCCGGCUGCGCUCCCGGAGGCUGGCGCUGCUGGCCCUGGCCAGC